GUCAGGUGCGCUGUUUACGAACCUGUCAGCCAAUCAGAGUGCUAGAUGUGUUGACCCCGAGGGCAUAGUUCAUAUAAACAGGAAGUCAUUUACAUACAAGGCGCGAAAAUCAAGCGUGGCGGUGGAUGGUGGAAGGCGACUUGUUCGCCCCAAGCAUGGCGGCAUUGUAUGACGGGAUCAGCCAGCAGCUGGACUUCACUAGCUGUGGAGAGGAGGGGAGCAGCAGCAGUGACAACAGUUCAGAUGACUACACCUCCAGGAUCGGCAGUCCCCGGAUCCAGAGUCCCCGGAUCCAGAGUCCCCGGAUCCAGAGUCCCAGGAUCCAGAGUCCCAGGAUCCAGAGUCCCCGGAUCCAGAGUCCCCGGAUCCAGAGUCCCAGGAUUCGCAGUCCCAGCUCUGUGUGCAGGACGCCCCGCGUGCAGCGCCACCGCAGCAGAAGCAACACGUUAUCUUCCCCUGUAGAGUGCACCAGCCCCAUACCUUACGCUUCCUGGAAGAAACUGAGGCUCUGUGACUCUCCCAGCACUCCCAAGAGCUUACUGUCGAAGUCGUCCCAGCCUUGCUCCAGCACUAAGAUAAGUCGCAAUCAGAGGACCCUGCGUUUCAACUAUGUCCAGGCACCUUGCGUCAAUGUGAAUCCUUUCACCCCUGACACAGUGCGCAGGAACAGCGGGCUGCAGUGGAGGAACAGUGGUAGGAGUGAUGAUGAUGAAGAUUAUGGACGCAGGUUGAAACACAGCUUAACGUCAUCUGAGGAGGACGAUGAUGCCUUCCUCCCACCAAAGAGGCGAGCCGUCCAAGCCUUCAUGCUGUCGCGCUAUGAGAGCGAGUUCCUGGAGCUGGAGUGCAUUGGAGUGGGCGAGUUUGGGGCAGUUUACAAGUGUGUGAAGAGGCUGGAUGGUUGCUUGUACGCCAUUAAGCGCUCUCGCAGACCCCUGGCAGGCUCUGCCAAUGAGCAGUUGGCUCUAAAGGAAGUGUAUGCGCAUGCUGUUCUUGGGCACCACCCACAUGUUGUUCGUUAUUAUUCAGCAUGGGCAGAAGACGAUCACAUGAUUAUUCAGAAUGAAUACUGUGAUGGUGGAAGCCUCAACGAUGCCAUUGUGAAGAAGGAGAUGCAGGGUGAGCUAUUUUCAGAGGCCGAGUUGAAAGAUCUGCUCUUAGAGGUGUCGAUGGGGCUGAAGUACAUCCACAGCUCGGGCCUCGUACACCUGGACAUCAAGCCAAGUAAUAUAUUCAUCUGCCAGCGUCCCGGGGCUGCAGGUGAAGGGGAGAGUGAGGAGGAAGAUGACAGAGGCACUUCAGCGGGAGUCAUUUACAAAAUUGGGGAUCUGGGUCAUGUGACGUCAACAAACAGCCCUCAAGUUGAGGAAGGGGACAGCCGCUUUCUGGCCAGUGAGGUCCUGCAUGAGGAUUACAGCAACCUCCCCAAGGCAGACAUCUUUGCUCUGGGCCUCACCGUGCUGCUGGCAGCAGGCGCUCCUCCCAUGCCGCAAAAUGGAGAUGAGUGGCACAGCCUUAGAGAGGGGAAGCUCCCCAAACUGCCCCAGGAGCUAUCGGCUCCCUUCAGGAGCCUACUUCAGUCGUUAUUGGAUCCAGACCUGACCAAGCGUCUAUCUGCCAGGGAGGUGUGCAAGCACACUGUCUUAAGGGAGGAGAGGACUGGGAGGCUGGCUGCUCAGCUACGAAGAGAGCUCAAUGUAGAGAAGUUUAGGACUGCCAUGCUUGAAAAGGAGCUCCAGGAGGCUCGUCAGGCUGCUUUGUCACCCAAGCAGAGCCUCCCUCCCGGACUGAAACCCCCUGCUAAGAUGGGGUCUCUACCGAAAUCAGGGAGGAGGCUUGUCGGUAGGAAGACUGCGCGAUCCAUGAGCUUUGGUUGCUCAGGAUAUGGAGUGUGAUGGGAUGCUGUGAGGCCCAAAGACUUGGCCUCAAUGUGACUCCUUCUGCAGCGAGGCGGUGGCACAAAUGUAGCAGGUCCUCAUUGUGAAGACUCGUGACAAAAUCCCCAAUACAGCAAAGGUUUUUGCCUGAACUGAUUGAAAUAACUGGAGGGACAACCCAAGGAGCCGUCUGACUGGACACCAUGACCGAGCGAUUGGAGAAGCUGUGUUGGUUUUUAAAUGACUAAUCUGUGAUUGUAACUGCUUGUUUUGGACCAUUGUACUUUAACCACGGGAUGACUCAUGUUUUUUUUAACUGUAAAUAAACUUUUAAAGCAUUUUAUCAGA